CCACUGGACCGGCUCAAUCUUCUCAAUAUUCUUAUAUUGGAAAUUCUUCAAAUGCUGCGAAUACUAUAUAUUUAUACAAUACUCCGGAAGCACAAAUGCGUAAACUAGCCGAUUAUGCCUUUAUGCUCAGAGAUUACCGUCCUGCUCAUUCGGUUUAUGAUACCGUCAAAAAAGACUUUUUAGCUGAUAAAGCAUGGAAAUAUUAUGCUGGUGCACAAGAAAUGGUUGGAGUUUGUUUGUUAAUUGCUGGAAAUAAAUUAGAAGUCGAUCACUAUUUUGAGCAGGCGGUUAAUGCUUAUCUUAACCGCUCUAAAGUCCCGUUUUACGCAACUAGGGCGACACUAUUGUAUUACGAAUUGUUAAAACACAAAAAAUUGUACAAAGAUGCGCCAACUGCACUUGUGCGGUUGACUGGAGAUGACUCUGACUUGAGAAGCGCGCUGUUCUUAGAGCAGGCUGCUCAUGCUUUUUUGAGAUGUUCUAAACCUAUGGUCAGAAAAUAUGCUUUUCAUUUGAUGCUAGCGGGUCACCGAUAUGGAAAAUGUGGCCAGAGGGAACAUGCGUAUAGAUGUUAUCUUGACGCUAUGCAUGUUUUUGAAAACCACUCAUGGACUUUAAUUGAAGAUCACGUUUAUUUUGCACUUGGUAGACAGUCUGUCCAUUUAGGUGAUCUUUCAGCUGCUCUGGAGUUUUUUAUAAAAUUAUUGAGGGCGAGUCGUCAACCACCAACACAACAAAAUGCUUAUUUGAGAGAAUUUAUGUAUAUUUAUAAGCAAUAUGAAAGUAAAACUGGAAAAUAUCCUUAUUUUGAUCAAGAGCUUCCAAUUCCGGUGAUCGAUGAUUCAUCUGUCAAAGUUAUUCUUUCUAAUUUGCAAUCUAGUGAAUAUGAUGAGAUUUGGGAUGUAAUGGAACGAGAAUUUUUGGAAGAAGGGUUUACAGGAUUAGAUAUUUAUGGAAACCCACGGAAAAAGCCAAAUACUUUAAAUAGCGAUAUUCACAGGACCCUGACUCUUUAUAAUCCCAUGCAAAUUGCGUUCAAUAUAAAUGAUUUGAUUCUUGAGUGUGAAUAUAUCCCAUUACCGGGUUCCAGCGAGAAUCUUACAGAGUUAGAUAAGGACAUAGAUAACGAAACGACUACACCAUACAAUGAUAUGAUUGACAAUAGAGAACCUCAAUUAAUGAAGUUCGAAGAUUUUGACCUGGAAACACUUAAAGAAGUGUCUCUCGAAGGCCUAGAAAAAAAAAUGAUUUCUUUGUGUGUAUUACCGAAAAAACAAGGUUCAAUCAAAAUUUUGGGUCUUAGGUAUAUUCUUAACUCAAUUGUCCACGGAGUAAAGAAAUUUUCGAAGCGUGGAAAACGCCUCAAUGAUACUAAUGAGCAACGCAUGAGUAUUGUCUAUGCCCCUGAUCGAUCACUAGAUCUUUUGGUUACAUCACCAAUGCCAUUGCUUGAGGCAACAUUCCACUCUUUCCCCGAAGUUCUUCUUUCUGGAGAAGUAAAACAAGUUCUUUUGGAAAUCAACAAUAAAGGGCAGAAGGGACUUACGGACUUACGUGUGAAAAUGAGUCAUCCUA